AUGCCGCCAAAACGUCACAAGAUUCCCGAUCCGGCCUCAACACCGGAGCCCAAAAGGCGCAUCACGCGCUCAUCUAACAAGGCGGACAUCGUACCCGCGCAAGACCGAACAAACGACCCACCUAACGCGGAACCAACGACUUCAAACAAAUCACGUGUGCUAAAGCGCAAAGAGCCUUCUCCAACAAAUGCGACACCAGAAGCAGAUGAGCUACCGGCCGAAGAUGGCAGCCCAGCACCUCAAGUAAUCACGACCCGAACCAUCAUACACGAACUAGUCAAGAAACCAAUUCAAUGCCAUCAAUACACGCCGUCCUCCUCAAAUUCAUCACGAACCUUGAUCUUCACCCACGGCGCUGGUGGCACGCUCUCCGCCGACGCAGUAGUAAACUUCUGCACCGGCUUCUCCAAGUAUCUCCCCGUCCUCGCAUUCCAAGGCUCCAUGAACCUAAAGGCGCGAACCAAAGGCUUUCACGCAUGCAUCGAAGAAAUCCACUCUAGCCAAAAAACCACGCAAAAGAGGAAAUCAAAAGAGCAGAUGAAGAGAAAGAGGAUGCUGCUAGGUGGACGAAGCAUGGGCGCCCGAGCCGCCGUCAUCGCCGCCAGCGAACACCUAGCCGAGAAGGACCACGAACAAGAGGAGACAAGCAUACAGCUUGUCCUCGUAUCGUACCCACUGCAAGGCCCUAAGGAUGAUUUGCGCGAUCAGAUUUUGCUCGACUUGCCUGAGAGUAUCAGCGUGCUUUUUAUCAUCGGCGACAAAGACGCCAUGUGUCCUUUCGAUCUGUUGAACGAGACUAGAAGAAAGAUGGUAGCGAAAUCACAGGUCGUUGUUGUAAGAGAUGCAGACCAUGGUAUGAACAUCAAGCCUGCUAGCGCUACGAAGGAGGUUGGUGAAUCGGCAGGACGAGUGGCUGCGUGGUGGGUGGAGGGAGAUUUGAAGGCGGAUGUACAAUAUAUCGGAAAACAAGAGGAGUGA